AUGAAGUAUAUCGCUGCUUUCGCCACCCUUUUGGUUGCCGCUAUGGCCUUGCCUACCACCGAAGGUGAAAAGCCCAAUGUGGAUGGAUCUACUCCUACCCAGAUCUGCACCAGCAAGCAGACUAUUGUCUGCCAGGACAACGGAAAUGGUGGUCUGCUGUCUCUGGGCAACCUCCUCAACGGUGUUCUUGGCAAGAGCUGCUCCGGAGGCAGUGUCUACUGCUGCGAAGGAGAUGUCAAGCAGGAGGGCCUAAUCAACCUCAACUUGGAUCUUUCCUGCACCCUGAACGAGCUUCUAUAA